AUGUAUCAGUGGUUCUCUGUCUCUCCCUCUCUAAGAUUUAUCUCACUAACAUUUCUUUCUCUCUCUAAAGUUCUUGGAGCUCGAAACCCUAGGCAGUCACUGCUGGUAUCGUUCUUAGCAAUCGGAGGUGGAAUGCAUGGUCGAGCAACUAUCAGUCGGUAUACUUGUUUCAUGGCUUGGGAUCUAUGGGAAUCGCCACAUGAUCAAGAUACUCUCGAGGGAAGUGACUCGAUGCAAUCCGAAUGCCAGUGUGACUUCUACUUUGGUUAUGGACAUGAUGUAAUAGAAGAACAAGCUUUGAACGAAAAAUAUUGUAUCCAAGUCUUGAGGAUUCUGAUAACAAAGGAAGACACAGAAAUUGAUGAACUGGAAGAGAACCUGGUGUCUCUUCAAACGGAAUUAGCCUUUGCUGAACACAAAGAAUGGUUUGAACUAUGUUGUAAUGCUUUGAGAGAGAAGAUAGAUUGUCUCGAUAUAUCGAUAAGGACCUUGAGGAAUAAGUGUGAGAAGGAUGCUGAGUUUCAGUCCUCAAUGCAUAGGGAACCUGCAGAGACAAUCCAUGACAUAUUGAAGGGUCUUCUAAGCAAAUUCUUCCAAGAGAAAGAUAAACAGCCUUCACAGGUCACUAUCUUGGACUUGAAAUCAAAUGCUUCAGCAGAUUCAAGUAAGCUAUGUGAAAGCAGAGAACUAAGCGAAUUGAAGUUAGGUACAUUAAAGGAGGAAACUGGAGAGGCUGAUACCCCAACAGAAACAUGUACAAGUAUGAAUUCCUCUUCACAACUUCAAGAGAUGAAAACAAAGUCUGCAGAUACAAAUACAACAGAUUCCGGCCAGAAUUAUUUGAAACUUUCACCUGGCUCCUCUGACGAGGAAAAACAAAUGGUCAUGGGCGAGUCACAUGGCACAACCAGGCAGCAGAAUGCCACAGCACAAGAGCUUAGUUUCACGGAUACAAAAGUUAUAGAAAAUGCAUCUCUGAAACCUGAAGAGAGGAGCUGUGAGAUGGAAGUAGUUGAGUCGCCUUUUUUUCCUUGCAAUGAACAGGAUGCAGAGUCUAUUGCCAAAGCUUCCAGCUCAAGUUCUCUUGAAUCUUCAAAUUCAUGCUUCAAUAUGGGGAAAAGUUUGUGUAAAAAUGAUAUGAAAGCAAAUGGAAAUAAAGAAGUAAAUGGGGGAGUAAAGAAACAGCAUUAUAUUGCCCCAGCAGAUUUCCAUCAUGAAAGAAAUCGAGGUCAUGACAGAACUGAUGAGCAGCAUUCAAAUGCUAUUGUUAAUUACAUUGGUCCGGAUGCUAUAAUACGAUCAGCUGCUCUCAAAGAGAUGAAUAAAACUUCUCAAUUCAAAGUAAGUACUUCAAGUCCAGCAAAAACUGACAAUUGUGAUGUGGAUCAAAAACUAAUUGACAUUAAAAGAACUGCUCGAAAAGAAGGCAUUAAAGAUUCAAAGGUUUUUGCGCUCAACAAGUUUAACUCUUCAAAUUCAUGGUCAAAGACAGUGGUGAAUGGAAGAGAUGAUCGACAAAUUGUGACUAACACUCAACAUUUGGCCUUGGCUUUGCAAGCCCAGCUUGGGAAAAAUACAAUCAAGGCUGAGCUCGAGUUAGGAGAACCGGUAGUUGAGGAAUCUAACAAGGCUGUUAUUGCCGGUUGCAAGUCCCAUUUAAACUUAGAUCGGCAACUACAAAGUCCAAAGACAAAGAGGAAAUUUCAGUCGGAUUCACAAAGCAUCAUUGGACCUAUUUUCCCACCUACAGAAAGAAAAUUGAACGCAUCUUCCGUGUCAGCAUACAAAAGACAAAAAUCUGAUUCUGUUGAUGACAAUGCUAGUUUGAAGCAGCUAAUGAGUGGUAAGCAUCUGAAGAAGUCGGCUCAGGUUGAAUGUCAUACCAAAGAGCGUGGCACUUCUCUUGCUGUUGCAGAACAUUCAUUUUCACAGCCACAGGAAAGUAAGAGGACUGGAAAUUUGCAGCUCAAUGCACAUAUGAAGGACUCGAGUGUAAAUUUGAACGGCUCAGAGUCACUUGGGCAUGCAACUCACAGCGGUUCUGCUGAUAAUGACCCCAAUGCUAGGGCUUUGGUUCAGUUGCCUCUUCCUAUUGAUAAAUUGAAGGGGAUGAAAGUACAACAACUGAAGGCCGUUGCAAAAGAAAAUGACAUGAAGAACUAUUCUAAGCUUAAGAAAGAACAGCUGAUUCAGUUUCUGACUGAACGACUAGGAAAUCGAAUUUACAGGUAGUUGUACAGCUUUGUUUUGUUCUCAUCUCCAUAUUUUGGGAUAUGUUAUUUCGUUGUGCAUGUCCGUCUAUGGCGCACUUGUCAUUGUCCAUAACGUUCUUUUCACCUCCCAUAGAAUCUUAGAGAGAUGGAUUGAAAAGGAACAAAGUAUAGAAAGAAGCUUAGCAGGUUUUAGUUUUAGGUUUACAUGACAUCAUGCUUUAUAUUGCAUACAUAUUUGUGCAGUGAUGACAAAGAACUACACAAACCUAUAAACUUUUGGGAACAACUGGCAUUGAAUGUCCUUUUGUACGGGGAACUUUGUGAAUUUUGAAUAUGAAUGCAAGAGGAAGCUGUAAAUUUCCUGCCAUUUGUUAAAGAAUAAUGGUAGUGUGAUAUAGCAAAAGUUUUUUUUGUUUUUUGCUUUUUUGUUUUUUUGUUUCUUAAAGUAUUUCUGUUAUUACGCUUUAGAGGUAUGUGUCUAUUAUGUUUUACAUCCAAAAUCUUUGGAAAAUUGUUGUUAAUUCUGACUCUAGUUGUGUUGGGAUUAGAGGUGGGAUCAUGUAAGACCCACCUAUCUACUUGAGUCGGAAUAAAUAAGAUUGUUCAAAAUCUUUUGG